CCCAGCUGACUGAACUGUGGCAUUCUACAAAGUGAGGCGGCCCGAGGUGUCUGUCGCAGUUGUGGCUUGAGCUUCCUAACGGUAGAACUGCCUUAUAGUGUUCAGAAAAGUGUUCUCAUAGUGUUGUGGGAAGGUGUUAGUGUUGUGUUCUAGUGUUGAUGCGUUUUAUCAGAGUGGUGUCGAGUGUUACUGAGGAUAUAGCUGAGAAAGUGAGCGAUGUGGUGGGGAGGCUAGUUCAUCUACGCAGCUAAGAUGGCACAUCCAUGGUUAUUAUGAUGCCAGGAGAGACGCCGGGGUAUCCACAAGCUGGGGGGGCUCAGCCCCAUCGUCCUGCACCUGACCAGAUGAACGGCUGUGCCACUAUUCCCUUCCAUCCCGUUGUUCCGGGGGGUCCUGGGGGCUGCGGGGUGCCAGGGUCCCUCCACAGUCGAACUGAUAAUGAAAUUAUGAAACACAACUGUAUGGCGAGUGUUCACCCUCCAUCGCACGAGCCAGACUUUGUUAGUGAAAAUUUUUGUGUGUAUGGCAUAGAAGAUCGCGGCCUGAGGAGUUCUGAGUGUUCACUGGGUAUAGGUGGGUCACGAUUCUCCUUGGAGACGAGAACUGUGUCAACAGCUUCCAGUACUUCAGUGAAUGGAGAAUGGCGUACAUCGGUCGGAGAGAGAGACACAUCGCUAGGUGAGGAGAGACAAACGCACGUCAAGAAGGGCGCCACCUCAGUGCAGCGGCAGCAGAGAGUAUCGGGAAUAAGUGAGGGAGGGGCGCCACCAGGAAGAACUUUUAAUACAGCAGCAAAGAUGAACUCCUCACCAUAUGUUGAGAGCUCGUCUGACGGGGAGAUCUCCAGUCCAGAAGGAACUUGGAGUAGCCUCCCUGAUAACACCUACCUCCCACAUUAUGAGGGCGAGGACCCGUAUAUGGGUGAUGCACUCUACCAAGAGGAACCAAACUGCACGGAAAUAGACCCUUUUAUAUUUACUUUGGACAAAUCGGAAUUUAACAUCAGGAACUCUGAAGUCCAUAUCGGUCCUAAAACAGUGUAUGAAAUGUCGCCGACACCAUUGUCGAAAUCGUCGCCUGCAGACCCAGGAGACCAUCACUGGAAGGAGGCGUCACAGGGCAGCUCCGGGAUGCUGCAUAUCAACCUCAAUGCAUCACCCGCCCACCCGAUGACCGCAGAGCUACGGUCACACAGCCCACUCCUCCAGACAGUUUCGGCGCCGGAUAAGUCGUCAACAUCUCCUGUCACGCCUACUCGCCCUGGUCCCAGUCGAUUCACGCAGCAGCCAGUUUUUAACAUACCAUUGGUCCCCUCGACAAACUUGGGCAGAAACCCCCUGAGCCCUCAGACACCCAUUGGUAGAGGCCCCCAGGUCAGAAAUCCCAUGGAAGUACCCGUUACACCCCCAGGAAAUAUCAGCAUCACGGGUGACACCAGAUUAGUCGUCGGAACACAAAUUGUCAUCAACCAUCCAGGCUACGACAAUCCCCGCCAGUGUCCAUAUAAAGUCCUAAUUCCACAGACCCCCAACUCCGACCUGGAGAACUUGCUGACGGAGGUGAGGGACAAGUUGUCUACGGUGUACAGCCGACAGACUAAGACUUCCUUCCUGCCGUGGUUGAAGGGGCACCAGGUCAUCCCAAUGAGGGAAUUCUACACAGAGUCGCGCAUCCUGGCCGUGGAUAAACAAGGGAAACAAACCCGACAGAGCGUCAACCUCGUCUAUGACCUUGUGCACGAGAAGGAGGAGACACGGUUCCUGGUGGAGGGGGAGCCAGGGAUGGGCAAGACCUUGUUGGCCCUCAAGCUGGCCAUCGACUGGGCCAAUAAGAAGAAUCUGCAGGAAUUCAAGUUCGUGUUUCUCAUCUUCCUGAGAGACUUUAAGGGCAGUCUUGAGCAAUACGUCAAAGAGGAACUCCUACCAUCACACUUCGAGGAAAAGUUCAAGAAAGUGUGGGAGUACUGUAAGAUGCACGAGGAGCAGGUUCUCUUCAUCCUGGACGGGUACGAUGAGCUGGAGAAGGCUGACGAAGGAGAGAUCCAGAAGUUGUUGGGUAAUAGAGACUUUCAGAAUAGUAAAGUCGUGGUGACUGCGCGGCCAGACGUCCUCAAGACCAUCGCUCAGAGGACCAUAGUAAAGGGCUUCAACGAGGCACAGAUGUUCGAGUUUAUCACCAAGUACUUCAAGCUGGUCAACGAGGAUGAGUGCGGGAGGAACCUCAAGAAAAUCAUUGAGAAGGACUACAAGUACCGGAAGCUGGCCAAGCGGCCACUCUUCUGUGUGUUGUUGUGUAUGUUGUAUGGGUCUGAUGGCGUGGCCAAGCUUCCAGAGAAACUCUCAGAUCUGAUGUUUAAGAUUAUGCUGUGCCUCAUAAAGUGGAACAUCAAGAAAGUGGGUAAUGUUGAUGAGAACACUGAAUCCUUCCCUCCGGAGUAUGAGGAAUUAUUUCUCAGUUUUGGAAAGUUGUGCUUAGAAGCACUGAAGACAGAGAAGACGCGAUUUAGUGCAAAACAAAUUCAAGAUAUUGAGAACUCUGACAAGUUGCUUCACCUUGGUUUCUUAUCCAACGACAGUGAAAACGGUGUUCUGGGUCACAAAAAGUUCUGGAAGCCAGUGCACAAGAUCUUCCUGGAGUAUUUAGCGGGGUUAUACAUUGCCAACCACAUAGAGCGGUACAGGUCUAACUGUCGAGAGUGUCGAGAGUUCUCCAAGGUGUACCGCCACGAGCACGUCCUGAAGUUUGUGGUUGGUAUUUUGGGCAAGAGAGCCCACCUGGCCCUCGUCGGUAAAAAGCGCCAGGCCUUCCUGCAGAUGCGGGAUCAAGAGCUACUGAUGCUGCUGCGGGAGGCAGAGCCCACCUAUGAAAACUGUCGAGCUGUGGCCAAGCUACUGGACCGUCGCAACGCCAUUGUCCACACCAGCGAAAUGGACUUUGAGGGCUGGAGCUUUAUUAUUGCUCAAAACUUUAAGAAACUCAAAUCCUUAGAAAUUGUCUGGCGCAUCAAGAGCAAUAAUCCCGACCAGGAGAGCUCGUUCAAUGAAGCUACUCCCGAUCAGUACACCGCCUUCUUCAACGCGCUCAAAUCCAACACCAGCAUCAACAAAAUCAGUAUUAGAGCCACACAAGAUGGGGAGCCGUUCUCUGACCAGAAGAUCGAACUCUUCUUCUCUCACUUGCAGGCGAUACUACCUAAGGUAAACCUGCGAGAGCUGGAGAUCAAGGAACUUAAGAUGAGCGUCUCUCAUCACCUGAGGAAGGCCUUUGAAGGUGCUACCUGUCACAUGGAUAAGAAGGCCCUGGAGGACCUGCAGAUCCUGCGUCUGGACAUGUACAUGAGUGACGACGAUUUAGAGGUACUGUGUAGGAGACUUACCCGCUGUGCCCCUAAACUGAAGGAAUUACAACUUACUGGCCUCGUUCACGGACCUUCAGGGUUUGACAGCUUGGUCGAACUCCUGAAGAAGAACAGAAACCUCCACAAGCUUUGUCUCUCUAUGAGCAAGGCGCAGCUAAUGCCUGGAGAAGGAGUAUUUAUGGGUAAAAUGGACCUGACGCCCGCUGAGUUCCGGAAGGAUAUAAAGCAAAUGACGAGAAAAGCUACACGGGAGAGUAAAGAUGCCUUCAAGAAACAGGGGCCAGGCCUACCUGCCAGCACCCAGCCGCCACCAUGGUUGACCCGACCAGAGAGCUCCAGUACUUGUUCCAGGACCACCUCCACACUGGCGCCCGCUACUCCUUGAAGGCCAGGGGGUACUACUACAUUACUGCAGAGUGCAAGACCCACCUGCCACUGCCUCUAUGCAUCAAUGGGCAACAUCAGUCUAUGUUUCACAAGCUCUUCUCAGCGUUACCAGAGACCAGCGUGCAGAACUUGUCCCUGGAUGACCCGUGUUUGUAUCUGAGCAC